GACCGGACCUCGAGAAUUCCCUGGAGUUCACCUCUACCGGCCCCCUCCCCUUGGAGCCGCGCAAGCGUACACCGAAUUUACUCCCUGGUCCCUCAUGCCCCCGCCUCCAACCCCCGCUCUGUCUGCCCAAUACGCAGGCGCGUCUCCUCAAGUGCUUUCCCUACCCCCUCCUCUUUCUCUUCAGUCCAUUCCCCCUCCUCUCCCAGCAGCUCCGCAGGUUCAAACUCUUCUCCCGGAGAGUGGCGGCGAUCGUGAGGUCACGUGAUGAGCAUCCUGCUGCCCAACAUGGCGGAGUUCGACACCAUCUCGGAACUGGAGGAGGAAGAAGAAGAAGCAGCAACGUCGUCGUCGUCGCCGUCGUCGUCGUCGUCGUCGUCGUCGGUAUCUGGGCCUGAUGAGGAUGAGGAAGAUGAGGAGGAAGAUGAGGAGGAGGAGGAAGAGGAGGAGGAGGAAGAGGAGGAAGAAGAGGAGGAGGAGGAGGUGCCGCCCCCGCCACGAGUAGUGAGCGAGGAGCAUCUGCGGAGAUAUGCCCCAGACCCUGUGUUGGUGCGCGGCGCUGGCCACAUCACUGUGUUUGGAUUAAGCAACAAGUUUGAUACGGAAUUUCCCUCGGUUCUGACAGGGAAGGUGGCUCCAGAAGAAUUUAAGACCAGCAUUGGCCGUGUGAACUCAUGUCUGAAAAAGGCUCUCCCAGUCAAUGUGAAAUGGCUGUUGUGUGGAUGUCUCUGCUGCUGCUGCACCCUGGGGUGCAGCCUGUGGCCUGUUAUUUGUCUCAACAAAAGAACCAGAAGAUCGAUUCAGAAGUUACUAGAAUGGGAAAAUAACAGAUUAUACCACAAGCUGGCUUUGCACUGGAAGCUGACCAAAAGGAAGUGUGAAAGCAGCAAUAUGAUGGAGUAUGUAAUACUAAUAGAAUUCUUACCAAAAUACCCCAUCUUCCGACCCGACUGAGGAGUUUCGUUCGGUCACGUCUGUGUUAUCUGUCAUUUCCUACCCUUAGUGCCUUGUAGAUGAUCUUGGAAUGGAGACAGUCUCCUUUGCUGUGUUCAGUUUAUUCUUUACAACAGUAGAAUAUUCUUCUCAUUCUUUGAUUUGUGUUGAUUUCAGAAGACAAUUUGCACAUCUUUUCUGUUAUUAAAUGAGGCUUGUGUUUUGCACUCUCAAUUUUUAAAUAAAUACACACAAACAUAUACAAGUAUAUGUAGUUGACACUAAAAACAUCAGUGCCAGUGUGUAAAGAAACAAACAAAACCCUUGUUCUGAGCAUGCUGCCUUAGGAUUUUCACACUCACUGUUUCUAAAUAUGCAUCAUUUUCUAGGCUAUAUAAUGCUCGGGAAUCCCUUACUGGACACACCCAAAUAUGCUUUUGGUAGCUUUUAGAAAUGGUUUUACUCUGCUUUUAAAGAACAUGCAAUUAAUAGCACUGGUUUCCUCCUGCACUUUGCUAAACUGUCACUUAUGUUAGUGGAUAAAAUAUUUAAACUCCUACAGACUUGUAAAUAUUGUCUCUUUGCAUAAUGUAAAAUGUGGUAUGCCGUGGUUUACAGAAUGUAUUAAUAUUCUUAAUGUAUUGCCAACAAUUCCGCAUAGAUUUUAAUAUGAAGUUUGCAAGCAUCCUUUUGAAUGUAGAGACCUUUAACAUGCUGUUUUGUGGCAGAGCCAAAAUGAGUAUGUUAAAUUUCAGGUGUGGGGCAGGAUUGCCCUUCCUAAUGAAUUGGAUUAAAAUUGAUAUCAUUAGUUCAGACCACAAGAUUACAUUACACCUGAGACCAAGAAUUUUAUUUUUUCCAUUUAAUUCACUGUUCUCCAUUUAUCCUCCACUCCACUCCCCAAAAUAUUUGACAUCCAACUCAUCUUACAGCUGUGUUAGCUUUCAUUUCCUUUCCCUUCUGUAUAUUUUCCCUCCUUUGAAAAUACAUAGAAUUGCCACCUUCAAGUGUCUUGAGAGCCGGGCGGUGGUGGCGCACGCCUUUGAUCCCAGCACUCGGGAGGCU